UGCUACCUGAGCAGAAUAUGACUAUUGUGUCAUCUCAUGUCCAUUUCUGUGUAAUUUGGCGCCAAAUAUUCAACCGAAUUGCUCCACUAUGACAGGACUAUCAAAUAUCGUGGAAUCACACUAAAGGACGCUCUGUGAAACCGCGCUAAAUUUCCGUGUGGAUUUCUUUAUAGGAAUACCUGAUAAAGGCCACCUCUCACAAAGAUGGCUGUCAAGACAUUUGUCACAUUUCUCCUUUUGGCCCUUACGGUCGUCAGCGCUGAACUCCCAACGGAAUUACACCCUUUCUUUCAAGGUCACUGUGGCUCGUCAGAGAUGGUCUGUGAACAGUUAUGCAUCCAGAGACACGAAGGCUACUUGUGUGAUUGUAAGAAAGGAUAUCAACUCGAGGUCGAUGGAUAUUCAUGCAAAGUGCACAAGAGAAAUAAAAAGCCUGAGGAUGCUGAGAAGGAAGUAUCCAAGAACAAACCAUCAUAUUUUCCACCAACAACCACAACGAGUGCAGCUCCAAAAACAGAGGCGGAAACGAGUGAAUCCAGUAAACAAACUCUUGACUACGUUGAUGUAGAAACGUUAAGAAACGCCUUGAUCGGCCACACAGACGAUGAGUACCCAUACGGGCCGGAUUACCAGGCCGAUGAGUACUAUCAAUCAGAGGAAACAGAUUCCCAGCCAAAAACCUCCCAAAAAAAUCAUAAACAAACUAUGAAGGAUAAAAUUCAACGAUAUUUGGACAAUGUUGAUUCGAUGCAAGCAACGUCGUCCCGGAAGGGUAAGAAUCGGCGGGAGAUAAAGCGACAGUGUUCCCGCCUCGAUUGUCAGAAUGACGGGAAUUGUAUCUACGAUGAUGCCCUUAAGAGGGUACGAUGUCAGUGUGAGUUGGGCUACACAGGAGACAGCUGUAAAGAAGAACAAAUUGUCAAAUAUCCUCAAUUCCGUGGGACGGGCUAUCUCGCAUUCCCACGCCUUCAUCACGCCGGUGGCCGGUUCACCAUAAAUAUCGUAUUCCGGCCCGAUAAACCGACAGGCGUCCUCCUCUACAGCGGAGAUCUCACUUUAGGGCGACAGGAUUUCUUCUCGCUAGCAAUUGUAAAUGGAUACCCAAUAUUUCGAUUUGACUGUGGUUCCGGUCAAGCUCACAUCAACUCCACCCAAAAGGUCAACAUGGGACAAUGGAAUGAAAUCAUGGUUCAGCGCGUUGACAACAGUGGUUUUAUGAGUUUGAACAAGGGGAUGGCUGUCAGAGGAAUAGCUAAGGGCGAAUUUACCCGGAUAUCACUGAAGAGGGAUCUGUUCCUUGGAGGUUUCCCUGAUAAGCAGCUUCUCCAUAAACGAGCUGGUCUCUCUGUUGGCUUCAAUGGCUGCGUCGAGAAGUUGGAGAUCAACAGCCGAAGCUAUGACUUCAGGCGACAACCGUUUGUAGGUGACGCCAUAUAUGGGCUCGAUGUUGAUGAGUGCAGUGCCAGUGUGUGCAAGGGUGUCAGAUGCCUGAAUAACGGAUCAUGCCAGCCGCAGUCCCCAGACAAACACGUCUGCUUGUGUCCUCUGGGAUUUGUGGGGGACAACUGCGAAAGAGCUGUCUCCCUCGUGCUGCCUUACUUCAGUGGCAACUCAUACCUCCGCCACCAGGGCCUGAUGAGAACGUCCCUGACCAACACGGAGAUCGAGAUCCUGUUCAAACCGGUCAGCUCGAACGGAGUGAUCCUUUAUAACGGCUACACGUGGGACCGACGGGGCGACUUCUUCUCCUUGGCUUUGGUUAAUGGAUACUUGGAGUUUAGAUUUGACCUCGGUUCUGGGCCCGCAGAAAUAAGGAGUCGAGACCCACUGCUUCUGAACCACUGGCACUACGUCCAUCUGUCCCGCACCGGACGCUAUGGCAUCAUGGAGAUCGACAAACAAGCACCAGUGGAAGGUUACGCCGGGGGUGCGUACGUGCAGCUCACCCUGAUGUUGGACCUCUUCAUUGGCGGUCACAGAAACUACGACGAGACAUCAGCAUUUCUCAAAAGCAGCAAGUCGUUCGAAGGAUGCAUACAAAAGAUCUCAAUCAAUGGUAAAAAGAUUGACCUCGUCAAAGGAGCAAUAGAUGGCGUAAACAUCGACAGUUGCCGCCACCCGUGCGAUGGGAUGCCGUGUCAAAAUAACGGCAUUUGUCGCCCCGUUGAUGAUAACUACCGAUGUGACUGUUUGCUUGGUUUCAAAAAUACCAACUGCGAGGAUGAAAUUCCUCAAGACAUCAAAGUCCCGUUAUUCAAUGGUAAUACUUUCCUCAGCUAUAUUGACAACGAUAUUGUCAGAAGAGUGUCUGGGGCCAAUACAGACUUAAAAAUAAGGCUACGCCCAGAAGAUCCAAAUGGCCUGAUCCUGUGGACGGGGGCCGAGAUUGUCACUGGUAGUAGCAACUAUCUGGGCAUUGGCCUCGUUGACGGAUACGUCAGGGUCAGGUUAAAUCUUGGAGGUGGUGAAAAAAUCAUCCAAUUUAGCAAGUACGCCUUGCAAAUCAAUGAAUGGUAUGAUAUGAGGCUGCAAAGAUUUGGUCAAAUUGUUUUACUGGAGAUAAAUACUAAAGAAGUUGUGGAAGGAAUGGCGCCAGGAACAUCUAAGGAACUUCAGACUGAUAAUGUGUUAUAUGUUGGUGGUACACGUAACGUUGCCGAGAAAACGAAACGGUUGUGGACAACGGGAUUCAAAGGAUGCAUCGAAUAUAUCAAAAUGGCGACAGAUUACUCCCUUGAUAUAGUUGGGAAGGCAGAUUCGGGACAGAAUUUGGACUCGUGCGAUAAUUCGAAAACAUAACCAUUCCUAUUGCCAUCUAGUGAAAAUAUUCAGUGCAAUCACGGGGAAAAAAACGCAAAUUCAUAUUGUGACUGAUGAUGCAAAUAUUGUUCAGGGUUUGCAAAUAAUACACAUUUAGUUAUUUGAGGAAGUUGCACAGAUUUUGUUCAGAGAAUGCUGUAACUUUAUUUUCGCAGCCCUGAAUCUAAUGAAAAGGUAUUUGUUUCUGAAAUUUCUCUUCCGUUAAUUCCGAUGAAAACAUUGACUCUCCAUUCUGAAAGCCAUAAGAUGUAUAAUUGUCCUGCAAAGUUUGCAUUUUUACCCCGUCAAACACACAAAAAUAUUUGGGUCAUAAAAGUAUUUGGGUUUAAGGUACUAACAAGCGAGGGUGAAGAUCGGAACAUUGCGGCUGUUAUUGUAAAGCAUCGAUAUACUCAACUAUGCCAAAAAACCAGCCGAUACUCCACUGAAUAUUUUAAUGCAAGAUUUAAUUGAUAACUAGUAAUAAUCUUGGUACAGUGUCAUUGUGUGUGUCGCCAAUAUAACUCAGAUGGGUUCGAGCUGGGGAGGGGGGUCAUUCGAUAUAUGUCCACUCCCCGUGAGCAUAUUCCAGCCUAGAAUGAUGGGCUUCUAUUUGCAAAUGGUGCCUGUUCGCUUGUGUAAAUCUACGUCCUUUCGCACUGCAUUAAUUAGGUCUACCCCCGGUCUAUCCCCGAUUCUCAAUUGGGUGGAAGAUGCUAUCCUCUUGAUUCUUACCUUCCGGUUUCUGCUCAUACAUUUAUUUUAGAAUGAGCGUGUCUAGCAAAUUGAGACAUAAAUGUCAUCAUCGAGGUAAAAUUUUAACGCGCUAUGAUUUUGCAAUAUGCCAGCUGAUUUUAGUCAAAGUUUAUUUCUAAUUAUGUAUUGACGUGACUUGUAAAUACAUUACCCUUAAAGUUGUGAUUGUUUACUUUGUAAAAUAUGGUGUAUCUAUCUAUAUCCAUAUUGAUAUUGUCUUCACAGAACUUAAGAAACUUGUAUUUAUUAUUGUUUUGUUUUUGAAGAGUUUAGUAAAUGUGACUCGCCCUACCAAAACUAGACAGGUUGAUACGGACUUGUUGUUCAUUUCCCUAUUGUAGACCUUUUGUGAAAUCUAUUACAAACUGAUUUGGUCACAUUUCACAAAAGGUCUACAAUAGGGAAAUGAACAACAAGUCCGUAUCAACCUGGCAAGUUCAGAUGCGACAAGCGCCUAGUUUUGGUAGAGCGGGUCACAAAUAGUACAGCAACCUUGAAUGCCCCUCAGGUAUAAAAAUUGUGUGAGUCAAUACGUACAGCACAAUUAAAGAGGGGUGUGCAAGAACCCACACUUUUACAAAUUUCGCAAAAUUGGCGUCAUUUACCUAUAACAAGUAGUGGAAUCCAGGCCGUUAAGUGCAAACGGUGACCUGGUUUUCUCGAAAUGAUUGAAAUGUGGGUUACCAGUCCUGGCAUGCACCCCUACACAUCACAUACAUUAUACCUUAUUUUCCUUCCUUAUUUUCCCGUUCUGUAUUGCCAAAUCAAAUAUCACUCAAAGAAAAAUUCACAAAUGAAAGAUUACAUAUUCGAAAAUGUCAGUAAUAUUUGUGACCCACCACGACAAAAUGAGUCGCAUGUCGCACAGAAGAUGAGGCUAAAAUGACACCAGGACAUAAUAGAAGAAAUUGAUAUGCUCCGAUUUUACAAAAGGCAGACAAUGGUGAAAUGAACAACCAGUCUGUCUCAACCUGUCAAGCUCAGAGCGACAUGCGACCUGUUUUGUCAUGGCGGGUCACAUUUGUCACGAGAGCUAACUGUGACCCGUCACAGCAAAACCAGGCGCUUGUCGCACAGAAAAUGAGCCUAAAUGACACCAUGAGAUAAUGGAAGAAAUUGAUGUGCUCAUAUUCCACAAAAGGCGACAACAGAGAAAUGAACAAACAGUGACUGUCUCAACCUGCUCAGAGUGACAUGCGCCUGGUUUUGCUGUGACGGGUCACAAAUCAUCCAACUUAAAUGUGUGUCUGGCGCGUCUACAGUCAGUGUCGCUAUUCUUUCGUUUACUUCGUAACUGCAGAUCCAAGGUCAUGAUAAUGUUCAACUUUAAUCUUCCUUGUAAAGAGCUAAAAAUGUUUUACACAAUAUGGGUGUGUUUAAUGAGAGGUUUAUUUAGGCAGAGUAUUCAAGGAGCAUUCCCAUAUAUAGAGUACAUGCCUAAGUUUUGUGUAUCAAUCAUUGCAAGUAAUGGCAGCUUUUAGAUGGCCAAAACUUCAACUAAUUUUACCAGGUCUGGUUGUACAGUGACACAUUGAACCUUCUUUUCCAAGUUUUCAGAUAUUUUUGUGAACUUUUUCAAAUUAUUGUUUUACUCUCAUACAUGUAGAUUACUACAUCGCUUUCUAAUGUUUCCCAGCUAAUCGUUCAUGCAUCACCAUGAAUAUAUGAUAAACGCUCUACAUCUUUGAUUAUUCGCUGCGUGUCUCACGGGCUUCCCAUCCUCUUACUAAAGAUUCCCCAAUUGUCACCAGUUUGGAUGAAGCCUGGGUAGGCCUAUGGUGAAAUAUUGUUGUAUUUGAAAGGUAAAGGUGUUGACCUUUAAUAGGGUACCACUGUUAUGGCUAGAACAUGAAAUCCUAAUGUAAAGAAAUUUGAACUCUUUCAAAACAAUGUGAUUGCCAGUUUCAAGGGUGGGGGAGUCAGUUCUUUGUUUUCCAGAAAACAGACCCCCCC